AUGGCUUCACAGGAAAAGCCCAUGCCGUUCAUCAAGAACCUGGCAUCAAGCGAUCGCAAGACCCGCACCGCCGCCCUCGAGUCUCUACGCACAUUCCUGUCCGCAAAGCACAUCUCCUCCUGCCUCUCGACCCUCGACAUUCUCAAGCUUUGGAAAGGCCUCUUCUACGCACUAUGGAUGUGCGACCGGCCCCUCCCGCAACAGGCUCUUUGUCAAGACCUCGCCGACCUCGUCUGGGUGCUGCCCGAGCCCGCCGUCAUCCCCUGGCUGAGGGGCUUCUGGGCCACCAUGGCACGCGAGUGGACCACCGGCAUCGACGUCUUGCGCAUGGAGAAGUUCCUGCUUCUGGUGAGGAGGACAUUGGCCAGUAGCCUGGUCUGGAUGCAGCUUCGAGAGCCAGCCAGGAAGACGGCGCGUCCGAGGAAAAGGGCAGCAGACGGGCAAAUCGCACACUCGAGCGCUUGGUUCGACGACAAGAGAGUGGAGCAAAUGUUGGAACUGUUGGCUGAUUGGCCCUUCCGGCCCGACGAGGAGAGCAGGCACGAAGAGGAGGACGACGCCCUGAUGCCCAAGAUCGUCCCUGUUGGGAUGAAGCUGCAUGUAUUGGACAUCUGGGUUGAUGAGGCGGAAAAGGCACGCAUGCUAGAGGAGAGUCACGGACCUGAGGCGAGGGGCGGCCGAAGCAGAAAAGACAAGGGAGAGCAUGAGGCGCUUUCGGGGGGAGAGGUCCUGCACCGCCUCGGCGACCUUGUCGAGACUCUACACUCUGCAACACUCAGCCCGGCCGUGCGAAAGCGCUCCAAGGAGUCGUUACUUGAUGAGCGCCUGCCACGAAACCGGCAGCGGGGCGACCACGAUGAGUCGGGCGGGGGCAAUGGCGGUAGUGAUGAUGGUCAUGGUGGUGAUGGCGACGACGAUGAUGAGUGGGGCGGCUUGGAUUGA